ACGUAGUGCGCGACGGGCGACUCGAAACUUCGUGCGCGCGUACAUGGGCGCAGCUGGGAAGUUGGUACACAAUUUCGAUGUAACAGCAUCGCAAAUUCACCGGCAUUGCUGGCUGCUGCGACAUGUAGAAAGUUACCACGGUGUUUGUGGCUAUGACGACGUUGUGGCAGUUACGUCCAACCGCUGUCAUCGGUUCCGCAACGCUUGUCGCCGUCGCCACAGUGAUUUUUUCGCUGUCCUACCGGAGUGGUGUGCCCCUCAGCGGCUUGGAAAGCUGUUACGUAUUUAUUGAUCGCUUAAAAAAAUCGGAGUUCGCCUUUAUAUACGCGAACGUUGGUUCAUUGCUCGCUUCGGUAGGUUUCAGUCGAGAGGGUAGAAGAUGGGAAAGCCGAAACGUCACGAUACGAAGUACCUUCCGAGGUAUAGAUGCGAGUUCGCUGACGAAGAACAUCGCUGAAGAGGUUUUGUCGAACCCCAACAGCAAUCUUCAGGCACUCCUGUCAUGGAGAGAACCUCAGCAGCAUGUCAAAACGUUGCCACUGUCCAGAUUCUCAGCUUUUCUGCCACCUCAUGGUAACAUUCACGGUAAUCCGUGGUGGCUGUUGGAAGCAAAAGACUCGCGGAACUCCGAUGGACAUGUGGAGGCAGAUGUCUACGAACCACCAACACCCAGAACGCCAGCCGAAGUCCUGCUUGGAGAGCUUUUUGGGAUGUUUCAUCAAAAUGUCUUCCUCUUUACGAGAGCAUCGCCUGCUGGAACAGCUGCGGUCGUUACAAGAAGCAGAAACAGCACACUGGAUAUCCUGUUCAGGUCCCACGUUGAGUUCCAGAUCAGCACGCCACCACACAGGCCACUUUGGUUCACGCCUGCUCAGUUCCAAGGACGAGUGGUGAUCAGUGAGGACGGUUCUGUCCUGCACCACUUUGAAGCUCACUUGCCUACCGACCGGCAACUUAACGUUGAUCUGGAAUGGCUAUCACAACGGUAUAGUGGUGACGCGCCGACCACAGAAGUGGACAUUGGAAAAGUUCCUGAGAUGAUGCUUAGUAUGGGAACUCCCAAUGGGCUGCCUACGGAAAUGCGCCCGUCAUCUAUAAGCUCUAAUGAGGAGGACAAGGCGCUAAGAAAGCUGCAUCAGAUGUUCUUUCCUUUCCUCAAGGUGCCAUACCACAACCUGAGUUCAGUGGUAGCAGAAGCCAGGCGCCACAAGAAGCUAGUCCACUCCAUCAUCACCUGGGGUCCGCUGGAUGACCAGUCCUGCUGAGGAAGCGCUCGGACCCUACGACAGGGUCCGCUGGCUUCGCCUGCAGUUCAAAAGCUCCUGCAGGCUGGCUUUGUCAGCUCGUGGAGCUUAACAGCUGAACUACAUGAUUACGCUGCCUCCGAAACGGAUCAAGCAACGAAGAAAAUGGCUGCUGCCUGUCUCAGCGAGUACAAGUUUCCCGUCCAGAUUCUGUGCCUCCUGCCGAACGCAACAGUAGUCGACAGCAUCUGCGCCAAUCACCUUCUCGCCGUAGAUGACGUCGAUGAAGCGGAACUUCAAGGAUUCACUGACCCCAUCGAAAUGGCUUACCACCAGUUCCUCAGCUCCUGCAUUACAAAGGCCCGCACCAAGCAUCUCUUCGAGAUUUCCUAAACCUUCGUCUCUCACAAGAAUGUUGCACCAUAAUCAAAACAUACACAAAAGUGCCUUUCACUGUAGCGACGGUAGCUAUCAUAUGAAAUCAAAACAAUAUUUUACACUCGUCCUUAGUUAAGUGGCCCUGUCUCAGGCUUAGUCACAUACUCACUGAGAACAUGCUGUCCAGUUGUUUCAUCGUAAUUCAUGGUAAUACAGUUGAGCUUUGUUAUAACGAAGACAUGUCGAACACAAAAACACCUUCGCUAAAUCCUAUAUUUGUGUUAAGCAUACACACUGACAUUAGCAUGAAGAAAACGAAAAUUGACAGUUGAGUGUAAACAAUAAUGAUGCCUCCAAUUAAAUGAAAUACGGCCAGUCAUAUUUCAGAUUCACUACGUUAUAUAUUAUAUAAUGAAUUAUAUACUUGUGUUGAGAUAUAUUGAGGCUCAACUGCAGUCAAAGCGUGACAGCUAUGUUAUGAAUGCAAACAAGUUGUGAUUGAAACUGUCACACUGUACUGAGCUAUUACAGUGCCUGUAGAUGUCACAUAUCAAAAUAUUCAUCUAUCAUAACUUCUGGAAUGUACACACAGACUGCACCCGCUAUGUUACUGCUAGUAACUCGAGCUUAGCAUGAAUGCUGCUGACAAUUGAAGCUUAGCAUGAAUGCAAAAUCAAAGCGUGUAUACCUGACACCUAUUAGCUUUUGCUUUUCCUAUGAUUAUCUGUGAUAUAACCGCCUCCACCAAUCACAGCAUAUUUUUUUUUUCCUUUUGUAACAUCACAAUGCAAGUGCUGCAAAAACAUCACAUCUGUUCCGUCCUAAAGCCCUUUUAAAGUAAAGCCUCGUUAGCUCAAAGUAUGAUAUUUUGAAAUAACAAUUUUUUAAGUUGAGUUUUUUUUCGCCGUGAUGUCAACUCUAUGCAUUUUUCACCUCUUAUCUCUCAAAAAUUUUUGCUCCAUACUCUGAAUAUCUCAAAAUCUCAACUGCAAAACUGCCUGGGAAGAGUCAAAACCCGAAGGUUUCCAUAUUUUGUGUACAGCUGCGAUAUCGCCAAAGAGUGAAAUCGGAAUUCUGUGGCCACAGCGACUUUUCAUGAAUGGCGUGAACCAGCCUAGGCCUUAUGUUAAUAUUUUUCAUUUGCACAAAAAGUGUGCGUGCCCUCCCAGUGGUGUGUGAGGCUAGACGGAGAGGUUAAAACCAUUACUCCCGUGGGUCGGGUAGCACCGUGCUUAUCAACCCCUUGCAGGAAAGGGCCUGGCAUCACCACUGGCGAAGUGCGCCUUCGCACCGACCAAGGUCACGUCGGAGAGAGCAACCCGCUUAGCAACCAUUGCUAUUUACCUGAUAAAUGUGAAAAUGACAAGCGACUUCUGCCAAACCUUUCACAAUGCAUCGGGAUUGUAGAGGUCUUAGAACGACAGAAAGCUGAGCUAGUUGGUAAGGAUUCAUUACGCAAAAAAGAAGUGAGGCGUGCAGACAGGACACAAGAGUAGAGAAGUGGACAACACGAACGCAACACGAACAUGAAGUGCACAACACGAACAUGAAGUGCACAACACGAACAACACGAACGGCGUUCGUGUUGUCCACUUCUCUACUCUUGUGUCCUCUCUGCACACCUCACUUCUUUUUUGCAUAAUUGUAGAGGUCUCUUUUGCAAAGGGAGACGAUUUUAUGAAUAUCCCGACGCGUGGAUUUCCUUGACAGCCGAGCAUCAUGGCUUCCGACACUUUUCAUCUGGUAGCGAGCGAUCGUGCUGCGCUAUGCUAGCUAGUGUAGUCAGGCGCCGCACUACAUAUUCGUUCUCCCUUUCUGUCGCUUACGCACGAUUGAUUGCUGCCACCUCUCUGUGGCUCUCAUGUAAGCGGUGAACUGGGAGUUGAGCUUUGCUUUUUUUUUUCUUUCUUCUCAUUGAGGAUGCUGUCAGUGGCGCAUUAGUACAGCUAUGGCGUAUUCAUUGUGACCUUGAGGAAGGCAGUCAACGCUCUUGAGCAGGCGCAGUCGGACUACUCGCUACAGCUAAAUGAGGCGAGCCCACGGCGUAGUUUCAGUUUUCGCGAGAUCAUGGCUUGGCAAGGUCACUGGCUUCAUGCUUGUGCAGCGUAAACAGUAACGCCACUUGUGCACAUUCACAGUUCUGGUUGAGUUUUCUAAGUGAAAUUGUAUGGAAUUCAUUGCAGUGUCAGUUUCUUGUUUUUUUUUCCCCCCCGCGUUUGUAACUGGUUUUCAGUGCCAAGCGCACUGCCUCGCCACAGUGCUAGGAACGCUCUUGUCUGCGGAUGCCGAUCUGUCCGGUGUCGAUUCGCGUGAAACCUCGCGAAAGUGAUCGUGUUACCAGAAGUGAUCAACGGAGAAUACUGCUACUAGUAUACUGAGCUUAUGCCAGCGAGUUAGCUGCUACCGGCGCCAUACUGGCAAGUCCCUGUGGUCCAUGAGUGAUUUUUGCAAUUUCAGUUAUCUUGAAACUCUGCUUAUCUCGACACUUUGUUUGGUAUUUAAGAGUUGGCAUUGGAGAGUUAAUAAGGUUUUACUGUACUUAAGCAAGAUAUGCCAAGGCAAGACACCCAAUAUUUUUUCUACUGUUUACCACUCAAGAUAUUACUUGGGAAACAAUCACACAUUAUUUGUCAUUGUGCUCAACCUGAGAUCUUCGCAUAGAUUUCAAAGCAUUAAAAGACUCUCAUCAGGUUUGAGUCUUAUAAACAGAUAAGUGUAGUGCUUAGAUCAUGCAGCAACAUGCCUGCAAUGUAUUGCACCAACAUAUGGUGCGAAAGCAACUGAAGAUUCAAACAAAAGAUUAUGUGCUGUUUAGCUCGAAAGCCUACCAGUGAGAUGACAGCACAUGUAUGAUACUUUUAGAUAGCACACGUAGCACACACAGCACAAAUAACAGGCAGCAGUGUGGAAAACGUGAAAAUUUCCAUGAAACGCAAAGGGCGCAGAAUGUCCUCUGGCAAGUAUGCCAUGCAGCAAUAAAAGAAGGGAGGCAAACAAACAAAAGCAAGAAGCUUCUGCCUCUUAAAGCAGUUCAUGCUGGUGCGACAAAGAGUGGAAUUUUCAAAGUAGGUUAGCACAAAUGUUCCAUCUGGUACCUAUCACAACAUAUUUCCGUUUCUGUCACAGUUUUGUGUAAGCCAGCAACACUUUUUUGCUCACAGGACACAAGAUGUAGCACGUAGUGCAGUGCCUUAGGAUUUUACAUGCAUGCUCAUUUUAAAGCAGCAUUUAUAUUAGGAACACCGCGUGCGUAGCUACACCCGUUUGUUCUCCUGAACUUCAGCACACCAAGAUCUUUCAUGAUGUUGAUGCAGUGGUGUUUUUGCUUUAAGCCCAAGUCAGGUGUUCAGAACAGUCGUGUUUUGAUGUUGGAGCUAAAGAAAACUGUUUAAGCUAAGUAUCCUGAUCCCAAUUUAGUGGGGGGGAGGGGGAGGCUGCAAUAUCUUGGCAGUAAUCGCACAUCUUGCAGCUAGCCCAGUGACAGAUUGGUAUAGUGUACUGGUCGACUGUAAAUAAAAUGGGAAGGACUCGUAGCUUUUCCUUCAACACUGAUCCUAUCACUUUGCUAAUAGGAAUAAUGUACAGUACAAUCCACUGUUAAAGGGAACACAUACGAAUUUUUCGCUCGGGCAAGUACACAGCUGACCAGCUCUGCAGCAAGUUCCUAUGCACAUCUGCACAGUUCACUGACAUAGCAUGUCGGCACUUGCAGCUGGAGAACCAGAAGAUUAUAUAGUGUGUUCCCUUUGACUUUUGACUGCACUGUACCUGGUAGCAUUAUGCUGUGUCAUUUCAGCCUCAAUCAGUCUCGCGCAAUCCAAUUGUGAGUGCGUCGAGAGCAGCUGCCUUCCAAAGGGAUAAGCUGUGCUUGCCCCCCAAAAACGGCUUAUGAAUUGCCGUGUAACUAUCUUUGUUAAUGAGCAAAACGUGAACAAGGUUAAUUAAAAAAGGCUCCUGCAUUCACUUUGUUCACGUUUUAAAAAAGGCUCCUGCAUUCACCUUGUUCACGUUUUACUCAUCGUCUUGAAUUUCCAUCGCCCGCAUUCCCCGUGUUUUCCCUAUCUUUGCUAAUGUGUCUCCACAAAUGUGCCGCCAUAGUUGACAAUCGAGCAACGACAUGGAAUCAUUUUUGACACAGCAGAAUGUGCCUUAGCAUGCUUGUCAUGAUCAUUAUACUCAUUAAGGAAGAAUGGGUCAGCAGUGGGUGAACAAGAGAAGUCUCAAGCCAAUGCCUUGUGCUAAUGAAACCAAGUGCCCGUGUCGGAACAUUGACUCUAGGCAUGCUUAAUUUGCGCACUUCUGUUCAAUUCAAAUCUCCACCCUUUGACCCCUUCCUUUCUUCUUUUCACCGGAAAAAAAAGUUACUCAUGAAUAUCCGAGAUUUCUUUUAGCAGCAGCCUUCGUAAUUCAGAAAUCUGCUCUACGAGGAAAUGUGUUCAAGAAUACCAGUGCUCACUAGUCUGCGGGUCAGAGUUUUAAUUUUGCAGCAUGCUGUCAACGAAAAUGUGAGAAUGCAACCUUGUGUCCAAGCUUUUUGCUGGUGUGGUUUGCAAUUCUUUUCAGUUUGCAUAUUCUUUAUUCUAAUAGAAAUACUGAAGGAAAACACUCAAGUUUGUCUGCCUUAUGAAGUUGUCUUUCAAAACCGUCUGCGACGGUGAAAGAUGAUGGAUGCUUUAUGCAGGCUCCUUGUGUGGCUUUAAUAAAGCAUGUUGUGUUUACGA